GGCUUUUUGUUAUACUAUAUUUGUAUACACAUUAUAAAUAACGACAAUCUGCUUCUCUCACUCUCCGGACAAACAUUACAAUUCAUCCAGUAACGGAGCUUCCACCAGCGGCCACAAACAUGGCCGGCGGCGAAGGCGACACAAAGCCUCUUCACAUCGCCAUGUUCCCAUGGCUGGCCUUCGGCCACAUGCUCCCUUUCCUCCGACUCGCCAAAAUCAUGGCCAGAAAGGGAAACAAGAUCUCGUUCAUCUCCACUCCGCGCAACAUCGAUCGCCUUCCCCAACUCCCUCCAUCCUUCACCUCUCUCAUCACCUUCGUCAAGAUUCCCCUGCCUCCCGUCGACGGCCUUCCUCCCACCGCCGAGGCAACUUCCGACCUGGAGGGGCAUGAGAUCCUAUACCUAAAGCGAGCGUACGACCUUCUCCGGCAACCACUCUCGGGAUUUCUUAGUAUCUCCCGACCGGAUUGGAUCCUCUUCGACCAUGCACCCUUCUGGCUGCCCGCCGUCGCUCGCGACCUCGGAAUCCCGACCGUGUUCUUCAGCAUAUUCAUCGCCAGCGCGUUGGUGUUCACCAGCCCGCCGGCGGAUGAGGAACAAGACUAUAGGAGAAGCGCGGAGGAGAUCAUGGUGAAGCCCAAGUGGGUCCCGUUUGAGUCCGACAUAGCGUGGAGGUAUUUUGAGGCAGAGAAGAUAUUCCCGAUGGUUCUUGGGGACGAUCUGCAUCCUAAUGAGUUUUAUCGUUUCCAUCAGACGUUGAAAGGAUGCGAUUUGAUCGCAGUGAGGAGCUGCCGAGAGCUUGAAUCCCGUUGGCUAGACUUACUGCAGGAAAUGCACCGAAAGCCGGUAUUCCCGGUGGGAGAGCUUCCGGCUCCAAUCGAGGAGAUAGAGGGAGACGAAUGGCGGGGUUCGGAGGCGAUUAAAGAAUGGCUGGACGGCCAAAAACGGGGUUCAGUUGUCUACGUGGCAUUCGGGAGUGAGGCAACAUGGAGUCAGGAAGAGCUAACAGAGAUAGCCAAUGGGUUAGAGUUGUCCGGUCUGCCGUUCUUUUGGGUGCUUCGUACCAAACAGAGUUCUGAUGAUUCGAAAUUGCCUGAAGGGUUUGAGGAACGAACAAAGGGGCGAGGAGUGGUUUGGAAGGAGUGGGCGCCGCAAGUGAAGAUUUUGGGCCAUGGCUCUGUUGGCGGGUUCUUGACUCACUCAGGGUGGAGCUCGGUGGUGGAAGGGCUUCAAUUUGGUCGGCCGUUAGUGCUGCUGAUUUGCUACAAUGAUCAAGGGCUGAAUGCUAAGCUCCUUCAGCAAAAGGGUGCGGGUUAUUUGGUUCCGAGAGAUGAACGAGACGGGCGAUUUACGAGGGACUCGGUUGCUGACUCGUUGAAGAUGGUGGUGACAGGAGAAGAAGGAGCAACCUAUAGAAUCAAGGCCAUGGAGAUGAAAGAGUUGUUUGGUGAUACAGAGAAGCAUGACAGUUAUGUUUAUGCCUUGUUGGAGUAUCUUGAGGGUAACAUUUCCAGAAAUUUGUGAAGAUAAACUUGACAUCCCUUGAAAUAAUUUUGACUUUUUGAAGCGCGUUUGUUCCUUUAGAUUCAAAUCGAUUCAAUAUAUUUGCCGAUUUGUUUCGAUUUAUAUCAUGAGUUUUUAUUUUUUUGAAACCCAAGGUCUUUUCAUUAGAUGAUUCCCUUAUCGAGACGUGUGGUGUCGGAUGAGAGAGUUUGGAAUGAGAAUCCGCCAGGGAUCACAGUUAAAUCGGG